UCAAUCCUCGUGGUGUCGCGGCUUCAGAGAUGAGUGCGCGUGUGAGGGGGAGGUUAUGCCGCCGGAGACUUGUGCUAGACUAUUACUUUUACUACUAUUCUUGCUAGUAAAUAGUCCACAAGUAGGCCGUGACUAGUGCAAUUGGCUGAGGGAAGGUGGAAGGUGGAGGAGUAGAGAGAGAGGAGUGAGAGGUGGAAUUGUGAAAGAAGGGAAAAAAAUAUUAACUGCUGUGUGCUGUGACGGCUAAGUGCUGUGCUGUGCGAGUGCUGUGAAGAGACGAAGAGAGAGAGAGUGUGGUAACGAAAAAAAAAAAGGACAAGUACAAAAAUAAGGACGGAAAAACAGGCCAAACUCAAAAAUAUGAAAAACUUUAAAAUCAUACCAUAUUGACUAUUGAAAACUUUGAACUAUUAGUGUCGAAAUAAAAAAGUCACAAGGAAACCAUUACCAAGUGAACAAUUAUGGUACAUCAAAAAAUGCUGAACAAAUUCUGAUAAAAGCGAGUGACAGGAGAGAGGCUAAAAUCGGAAACAAAACGGCGGUGGUCGGAGUAAGCGAGGCAGCCCCUGAGGUACCGCGCGGCGUCACUAGCGGCGGCGGCGGCGGCGGAGAAUCAGCGCUGAAAGUGAAGGAAACUAACCUUACCUGUUUUAUUAUCGCUGUUGGUGUGUUCUCUCGCCACAAACCACCGCUGGAACCAUUAGAACCAAUAUAAGGAAGUAUUUCUCGAGUUCUGGUUGUGUUAUCGCGCCAAGAACCGCCGCUGGAACCAAGAAAAUCCAAGAAAGAUAGUUUUUUUGAGUUCUGGGUGCUAUCUGGCCAAGAACCGCCGCUGGAACCAUUAAAACUAAUAAAAAGGAAGUAUUUUUCCGAGUUCUGGUUGUGUUAUCGCCCAGAACCGCAGCUGGAACCAUAAGAAAAUCCCAAAAAAUACACAGUUUUGAGUUCGGGUGCUGUCUGGCCAAGAACCACCGCUGGAACCUUGGAAAAAAAGAAAGAACGUAUUCUCGGGUGUUCGUUAAUUCCACACCGCCAUGACCACUAGAAUCGCUCUGCCAUUUAAUCUGGGGUUCAAAAUGUCCGGAACGAGAAGACAGGGCCCGCCGGAUCCGCUGCCGCAGACGUCACAAGUCCGCAAGAACCUUUUCGGUCCGAUAGACCACGAGGAGAAUAUGAAGUUUGUGCAAGACGAGCUGAGUAAAAUAUCUCAGGCUGACUGCAAGCGUUGGAAUUUUGACUUUCAGGCUGAGAAACCGAAAGAAGGUCGCUAUAAUUGGGAACCCGUGUCCGGUAAGGUCCCACAAGCUUACGAGAUGCGCGCCAUGACCUGUAGCCACCCGCAGCCUGCACCCACUUCACCUACCACCGCUGCUGACCUUACCAACGCCACGCAGCAUGUCCCCGCCACCACACUGCCGCAGCCCGCCACAACGCUACCACAGCAAACCACAGCCUUGCAACAGCCCGCCACAACGCUACCACAACAAACCACAGCAUUGCAACAGCCCGCUACAGCGCUACCACAGCCAACUGCAACGCUACCACAAUCCACCACAGCGCUUCCACAGCCCACCACAACGCUACCACAGCCCACUACAACGCUACCACAGCCCACCACAGCAAGAUUAACCACUGAAACUGUACCUGACGCCCAGCCGACCCUCACCACAGCCACCACAGCGGUUAGGAAGAGAAAAACACAGGACAGUGGAGGUGGUCUUGCCAAAAAGCAGAAGCAGGAUACCACCACCACCACCACCACCACCACGACCACCACUGCUACUGCCGCUGUUACUGCUACUACUUCCACAGCAGACAAGAGGCCUAAUAAGAGCUCACAGCAGGCGCCUAUUUCAGCCUACAUGAGGAUCAGAAGGCGCGGCUCCACCAUAGCCAAGCCCGCUGCCUCCGAGCCGCCGCCAAGUUUGCUGCAGAAAUCUCGAUCUUCUUCGCCCUCACCGUCAACUUAACCCCGCCCAGCCACCACAGCCCCGCCCAGCCACCACAGCCCCGCCCAGCUACCACAGCCCCGCCCCGCCUGGAUCUCACCCCUCCUUCCCGCGUUGACCCGCCCUCCUACACACUUCUCUACACCAAAUAAGCCCAGAAAUGUUGAUUGAUUGAAAUUUUUACACCUGAAAAAUGUGUGAAUUUUUCGUUAUCUUCAUGCGCAGACUGUCCAAUUCAUACAAACAGCCCAAAUAUACUGAAAUCAGCCCAAUUCGUCCACAAACAGCCCAAAUAUACUGAAAUCAGCCCAAUUCGUCCACAAACAGCCCAAAUAUACUCAAAACAGCCCAAAUACACUCAAAACAGCCCAGUUACACUCAAAACAGCCGAAUUCAUACUCAAACAGCCCAAAUAUGUUGAAAUCAGCCCAAUUCAUACACAAAACCCCAAAUACACUCAAAACAGCCCAGUUACACUCAAAACAGCCCAAAUACACUCAAAACAGCCCAAUUACACUCAAAACAGCCCAAAUACACUCAAAACAGCCCAAAUGCACUCAAAACAGCCCAAAUACACUCAAAACAGCCCAAUUUUUACACAAGAAACCGCCCAAGUAUUCACGUCUGCCUCCUCCACCCCUCCCCCACCCACACACACCUGUUGUUCAUGGAUCUCACCCCUCUCCCCCUCCUCACUUCCCUCCACAACAACAUGCAACCCCCCCCCGACCUGAAUUUUGUAAUGUGACCCUUCCAGACGCCGUUUUCUGUUGCACUGUCUGUCUGUGUGUCUGUCUGUUUGCGAAGGGGUUGACAAAGAAUUUGAUCUCAUUUUGUGUGUUUGUUUGUUUGUUUGUGUGUUUGUUUUGUGUGAAAAUGGAGUUGUUUAGUUUUUUUUUUUUUUUUUUUUUUUUUUUGUAUGUAAAUAUAUUCAAAUUAGUGGAUUUAGUUCAGUAAUCUAUUUCAAUAUUUAUUAUUAUUAUUAUUAUCAUUAUUAUUAUUAUUAUUAUUAUUAUUAUUAUCAUUAUUAUUAUUAUCAUUAUUAUUAUUAUCAUUAUUAUCAUUAUUAUUAUUAUUAUUAUUAUUAUUAUUAUUAUUAUUACUUUAUAUUUUUCCAUGGAUGUGUGUGUGUGUGCGUGCGCGCAGACACGCCAUCCAUAAUCCCAAAGACUUGAUCUCGCCUCCAUCCUCCUCCUCCUCCUCCUCCUCCUCCUCCUCCUCCUCCUCCUCCUCCUCCUCCUCCUCCUUUUGCAGUACAGUACAAAAUUUAUUUAUUUUACAAACAAAAAAAGAAGGGAAGGAGAAAGGGGGGGCGCCUAUCCCUGCUCAUCCGCCCCUCCCCCUUCCCCCACCUGACUAUCCUGAUCUCAACCCCCCUCCCCACAACCCCAUGGUGACUGGCUGGCAAGAGGGGCGCGCGCUGAGCCAAUCAUGUCACGGCCCGCCUCUCCUUAUUUUGAAUCAGCCAAUGGCAGCGUUUGUUUACUUUUCGUCGGCCAAUCAGCUGUCUUCGUUUGAAUUUCCCGCCUUUUUUGUAUUGGUUCUUGUGGCUUUCCUUUGUGUUUGUUUGUGUUUGUGUGUGUCUUGGAGAAAGAGAGAGGGAGAGGGAGAUAUGUGGAGACUUUAUCUUUAUUAAUUCAUUGUUUUAUCUCCUCCUCCUCCUCCUCCUCCUCCUCCUCCUCCUCCUCCUCCUCCUCCCCGAAGUAGUAUGUAAGGUCUUCCUUGCUUAGUUAACCAAAUGUAAAUGAUUGCUCUCUCUCUCUCUCUCUCUCUCUCUCUCUCUCUCUCUCUCUCUCUCUCUCUCUCUCUCUCUAAGAAAAUAUAAGUUCAAAUUUAUGUUCCAAAGAUUGACCGUUUUGAGGCUUUCUCUCUCUCUCUCUCUCUCUCUCUCUCU